CAACCUGUUUAAUAGCAGACGUGGAAAAAAUUGAAGAAACGAUGUAAAAAGUUGUUGAAACAUUAUCUUUGAUAUACACCGAAUUAUUCUCUAUAGUAUAUAGUUUUGUUUAUUACGUUGUACUCAGCCGUAAUCCUCCUACAUUUUUUUCCGACUUCAUCUGCAUCCUGUCGUCAACGAACAUGUAAACAAUAUGGCGGUUAUGAGGUGAAAGCUCAACGCACGUCCAUAAAUUUGUUUCAUCAUGCCUGGAGGAGGAGAGUUACAGCCCACUAACAAAAAUGGAACGAGUUCAUUUAGAUUUGGAACAAAUAGGCAAGUGGAGCUCACACUGCGAAAAGAGCUGGAUGACAUGGCAAAAAAGUCUCUUGCGGAGAUUUCAGUCAAACGAGAAGAAAGACUGAAAGCCCCUCAAACUGAAGAGUCAGUUACAUCAAGGAGACUUCAGCCAGCUUUUGAGCCAGAAAGACGCAAAGAGAAAAGAAAGACAGAGCCUGUGUUUCAUGAUGAAAUUCUUGCAAAGGAAGCCAAAAAAGACCCACAGUUUAUUUUAAAACCAGUAGUAGAACCACCAUAUAACCCUCUUGACAAAUCUCAGAAUGUGGACCACAGGAUUGCAAGCGUACACUCAAGAAAACUGCCAUUUUCCAAGGAGUCAACAAUUACCCCGGAUGACAUGAAAAAACCCAAAGCUACAUCAGUAGGAGUAGUACCAUCAAGGUCUAGUGUCAAUGUUCCUGGCUUAAAGGUGAUAAUGGAGGGAAGGCCAGCACUGACAUCAGAGGACUUUGCCUUGGAGCAAAUGAUGCAGGUUAACUCAGCGGCCAAUAAGAUGCGAGCCUUUACUCCAAUGACCCCAGACCAGGAAACCCCCGGGGAAACACCCCUUCAGACAGAUAGGGAAGAGGAUUUUGAUGAGAAUGAGGAGACUAUGAAGAAACCAGCUAUACUGAUGUCAGAGGGGACUUUACAGAGAAUAUCUUUCAAAGAGAGACCCAAACCUGUACUUCCAUUCUCCUCUCUUAAGAAGACUCGUAGGAGAGUUGUGGAAAGUGCUCUCAGUGUUGCAACCUCAUUAAAAAGUGAAAACAACCUCCUGCCAGAUGACAAUGUUUACAGUCGCUAUGAUGAUGUCAUCGCAGGAAUAGAUGAUGAUCUGCAAACGGCUGUUAGUCAACAGGAACCAAAAGAGGAAGGAAGGAGGGUUUCCAGUGCUGUGUCAACUAAAUCAACAAAAGAUCUCCUGGAGGAGGCCAAAAAGAUUGCAAAGCCAGGAUCAGAGCCAAUUUGGAAACUGCAGGGCAAGAGAUCACCACGUAAAAAAGAUACUAAGAAAGAUAGCAAAAAGGACAAGAAAGCUCAAGAAAAAUUGAAAAGUAAAGAGAAAGAGGAAGAGACUGAUGGGAAGCCCCGCCCACGCUCUGAGCGCUCAGUAGACGAGAUUAUUGCUUCACUGAGAGCUCAGAGUUCUGGAGCUCGUACUCAGGUGUCUGAUGCUGACAGAAAAAUCCAGGAGAUAAUGGACCGAGUCAUGUCCAGGACCAGUGCUGUACUCAGCGAUGGUAGUGAAGCUCUUGACUCUAAGAGAGAUUCUGAUAUUGGCUCCGAGGCACGUAGUACACCACUCCCAGCAGAUGGCGCUUCACCAAGCGGUGAUGAUGAGGAUGAUAAAAAAGAGAUUGAUGUGCCAGCUGACAUUCCUGAGGAUGAGGAGGUGGAGGAAGGUCUACAAAUUGAAGAGAAAAAUGAAAAACUUCCAAGUGAGGACCUAACUUCAGAGGGCAAGACUGGAGACGAGGAGCCCCAGGCACCUGCUGUUAUUGAACCUCAGUCCCUGCCAGCAGGGGUGCCCUCUCUCCAGCUGGUUGAUGUUGGAGGAAUUGAGGAUGAGUCCUCAUCUGAGGAGGGGGAGGAGGAGGAGGUAGUAGAUAUUAAGCAGGCCUGGGAGGACCUCAUGGCACCUCCUGAGGUGACUUGUGAAGACAUAAUCAGUGUCCAGGGAAAGAAUGUGGACUUGGUUGACAGACAGCCAAUCCAAGGUCCAGUCACCAACAAUGUCUCCGUGUUUUCUAAUGCUGUGUCUUUCCUGUCAACCUGGAAACCCAUCACUCCCUCCAAAUAUCAACUCCCAGAGAUAGAAGUGGAAGAGAAGAAGCCAGCUAAACAUGUCCAUCAUUUCUGUACUGUCAAUAAUGAAUAUCAGCUUCCUGAGGAAUAUAAAAAUUUAGGACGAAAAUAUCAUACUCCCAGCAAAUUUGAUUCAGCUCAACAAGCAGCUAGGUACGUAGGAGGACCCCAGGUAACAGAACCUCAAGAUGACACUGCUUCAGAGUACUCUGAUUUCACAGCCGUGCAAGAAGCUGAGGAACAGAGACUGGCAAUGGCGGCGAGGCGUGUCCUGGAGGAGACGGGAAAAGAUACAGAGGAAACCUUAGAGGCAUGGCAGCAGAAAGCAAAUGAAGUGUUCAACACUGUUCCAGUGUCAUUAGAAGGAACAAAAAUGUCUGUAAAAUUGGAUGAAUCUCGCCUGUAUUGGACACCGGCUCCUCCUAAAUUUGAUGUACAGCCAGCACGGGUUAAAGAUGUCUUAUUUCCUGAUUAUCAUCCAGCAUCACUUGGAUUGGAUCUACAGGAAGAAUCAGCUGCACGACAGCAGGAAGAGCUGGAAGAAAGCUCGGAGGAAGAGGAGGAGGUGGAGGUAGCUGAUUCUGUAGAGGAGAGAUACCAGGAAUUAUACAGACUUCUGAAUUACAAAAGUACAUCAAUGGAGGAUCUAACUGACUACGUGAAAGCAGCAAAGCAGAGAGAGGAUGACAUUAAGGAUGGAAAGAUUUUUCCAUAUGAAAAGCGGAAGCUAACAAAGGAAGAGCAGGAAAAACUUGAGAAAGUCAAUCCUCCUCCUCUCCCUGUUGAUACUGAACCCAGAGAACCAACGCCUGUUGUUACCAAGACAACGGAAAUGACAGACAGUGAGAUAUUUCCUGUGUUUGUUCCACUCAGGAGAAGCACCUCUGAUUUGGGGCUGACCAGGAUGCUGGAUGAUACUUUACUAGUUCCUCAGGACUAUAACUCAGCCAUGGAUGAGAUUUCCAUUCAAAAAUCCAACGUGCGACAAAUGAAACUGAACAAGAAAUUACUGGAAGCAAAAGAAAAAGAAGAAGCUCAGAGACUACAAUGGCAGAUAGAGCAAGAGAAAAUGGCUGCAGAGAGAGUCGAGACAUUCCAAGAGCCAAACAAGAAAGAUGAGCCUACACCAGCAGAGCUUGCACUUCAGGCAGGGAGGGCAUAUGUCAUCCUUCCAAAAAAGAACAAAAAGAAAUCCAAGAGAAAAGGCCCAAUCAGCAUGGAGAGACUGGACCAGAUAGAGAAGUUUCUCCGAGCUCCUUCCAAACAAAUCAACCGGUCCAAUUCUAUGGUCAAAACGGCACCUCCCUUAGAAAGAGAAUUACGGGUGCCCUCGAAAGUGAGGUUGGGGUCACGUCUCAGCUUGCCAAACCUCCUUGAUUUUGGAACAUUUGCAAAGAACAAGAAAAUGCCCAAGGAAUGUGACCAGCGUGAGUGGGUGCGUGAUAUCUGGAAUGUGUGGUUUGACCAGGUGUUCCCGCCCACCCCCUCCGAGUCUGAGGAGGAGGAAGAGGAAAUUGAGUACGCACAGGAUGAGACCGUGUCACCCACACGAGAGGAGAAGGAGAAGGAAAAGAAAAGGAAGGAUUCCCUGAGCAGUUACAUCUCUGAUGCUCUGACUGAGAUUGAACCUUUAGAUGACUCGGAACAGAAUAUUGAGCUUCACCAGAUAAUCCAUGAGGAGAUUCAAAAACUAACCUCACAAAUCGCUCAAGGAAAACCAAAACCAUUUGAUCUUUGUAGAAGAGGAGCAUUGUAUAGGAAGGUUGGAAUGAUAAAAGCAGCUCAGAUUGACCUUGACCUGGCCAUCAAGAUGGAGCCAUUACUUUUGGAUGCUUACUGGCACAGACAUCUGCUGUACCUACUGAGGGAUGAAAAACAACAGGCUAAAUUAGAUCUGACCUUCAUUCUCAAGCACAACACCAGACACGGAGGGGCAUACAGAUCCAUGGCUGAGAUUCUGAGAAAAGAGAAUAAUCCUAAUGAUGCUAUUAUGAAUUAUUCCAUGGCAAUCAAAUUGAACCCCAGAGAUCAUGAAGCAUAUUUCCAAAGAGCAGCCAUGUAUGAAAAGACUGACAAGAUGCCUCUAGCUUUGGAUGACUUCAUGAUGUGUAAGAAGAUUCUUCCCACCAGAACUGAUGCCAUUUUAAAACAUGCCAUGUACUAUUUCAAACAAAGAAAUUGGAAUACUGCCAUUCAAGACUUCACUGACCUUCUGAAAGUUGACCCUCUGAAUUCCAUGGCUCGUAUGUAUCGAGGUCGCGCCUUAUCGGAACAGAACCAGUGGAACGCAGCAGUGGAAGAUCUCUCUGCAGCAAUUCACCUGGACCCCAAAAGUUGGCAGGCAUUCUUCUACAGAGCCUGUAUACUGAGAAAGGCUCAUCCUAAGCAGGCGCUACACGAUUACAGCGUCUCUCUCCUAAUUAACGACACAGAUGAAAAUGUCAUGUCCUACCUCCAUCGGGGCAUCCUCUACAACUCUAUGAACAGAUUUGAAGAUGCCAUCCCAGAUUUUGACAGUGUACUGAAACUAAACAAGGACAUCGCAUGUGCUCAUGUGAACCUUGGGCUUAUAUACAUGAAUCACUAUGAGAAUUAUCAUAGAGCCAUCAAGAAAUUUACAGCUGGUAUCAAAGUGGAUCCUACUUAUGUGAGGGCAUAUGUCUGCCGAGGGGAAGCAUACCACAAGAUACAUGAAUUGAGGUCUGCAUUGAAAGAUUUCACAAGGGCUAUCCAUCUCCGCCCAGAUGUCCACCAUUACUAUAUGUACAGGGGACAACUGGUUCUUGAGCUUGGAAAUCUAGAAAUGGCAGCUUUCUGUGUCAGGAUGUUUGAACUAGGCAGGCAGGCCAAUACCCAGAAGGUGGCACGGCAUGCCUCAGAGAUCGGUUCUAAUGCCUCACUGGGAGAGAUGCCCACACAACAAGCUGUGGUCCAGUCUUUCCUGAAAAAUUAUGACAAGGCGAUAGAGGCUCUAAUGGCGGCCACUCGAGUGAAACCAGUUCCCCCGCUGUUUAUGCUCCUUGGUAAGACUCAGAUGAAGGCCAAAGAGUUUAAGGAUGCCAUCACAAGUUUUGACAGAGCCUUACAACUCUACCAAGAUAGCUAUGGGAAACCUUGGCGACGAGAACCUUGGCCAGUAGAAGCCUCAGAGUGUCAUUUCCUGAUUGGGAUGUGCCACAUUGAACUGAAGAGUUACCAUGAUGCUAAAGACGCCUUUACCUCAGCAGUCAAGAUCAACCCCAACUAUGCUCAGGCAUUGUACCAGAGAGGUGUAGCCAAGAUGAAGCUGAGCAGUCGAGGCUUGAGUCGAGAAGGAAUCCAAGAUUUCAAUCGAGCUUUGGCUAUCAACCCCAAAAUAUUCCAGGCUUACCUCAGCAGAGCAUGCUAUUAUGGAAUGAAGAAAAACUACACCAAGGCCAUUCUGAACUGUAAUGAGGCAACCAAGCUUCAGUCUCGCAGUGUCCGUGCCUACUUAUACAGAGGAGCACUAAAGUAUCACAUCAAGGCAUAUGACCUUGCCAUUCGUGACCUUGACAUUGCUAUUGGGAUAGACAGUACAUGUGACCUCGCAUUCUUUAACCGAGCUGUCUCUUACCAAGAGAAGAAAAACUACCAUAAGUCACUGAAAGACUAUGGCAUUGUCCUGCUGCUGGGUGAUGACGACAGGCUGAAAACAAAGGUCUUGAUCAACAGAGGGUUACUUUACUUCUCUCAGAAGGAUUAUACCAAUGCUUUGUAUGACUUUAAGAUGGCUGCCAAACUUGAUCCACAAAACUACAGGAUUCUCCACACACUGGGACUCUGUUAUCACAAGAUGGAUCGGCUGAAGGAGGCAGUAAGUGUGUUUACUUCCUGUCUGGAGAGGAAUCCAUUCUUUUUGGAUGGAAUCAUUGCUCGCGGAAAUGUGUAUAUGGAUUAUGGUUCGCAGAGAGGCAUAAUUUAUGCUAGACGUGAUUAUGAACGAGCUCUGAUGCAGAAUCCACUGCACCUACCCUCCCGUGUCAACCUGGCAUAUACUUUACAAGUGUCUGGAAAAUUUAUGCAUGCAUGGAAACAGUUUACAGCUGCCAUUGAGAUCAAUCCCAGAUUCAAGCCUGCCUUGGAGGGCCGUUCCAUUGUUAACCUGCAGAUGAGCAACACAUUUGCAGCCUUCCAGGACAUUUGUGAGUCCAUUAAAGUGGCCCCUACUGCCGAGCUGCUGACCAACAGAGGAGUUAUCAAUCAGUUCAUGAAAGACCGAGUAAAUGCCAUGAAGGACUACCAGAAUGCCAUCAGGAUGGACCCCACCUACUCCCUGGCAUACUUUAAUGCAGCAAAUGUCUACUUCCACACCAGGCACUUCAAACAGGCUCUGAACUACUACAAUAAAGCUGUAGAACACAAUCUUCGUGACGAGUCUGCCCUGCUGAACCGCGCCAUCACAAAGGUAAUGCUGCGAGACUCGCAGGGUGCUCUUGCAGACUUUAAAGCAGCCAUUAAGCUUAGCCCACACACAGCUCACAUGUACUUCAACAGAGGAAACCUGUAUGCUUCUAUGGAUCAGUUUGAUCAGGCAGAGAAGGACUACUCUAAAGCUCUUUCUCUUAAACCUGAUGACCCACUGGUGCUGAAAAGAAGAGCAGAUAUCUUCGGCAAACUGGGAAAACGAGACGAAGCCAUACUAGACUAUAAACGAGCUGUUGAAAUCCAAAGUUAUUUAUCAGGAAACUGACCUGGGAGGGAGAUAUCAGCCUGUUAAAUAUCAGCAUGGGAGCAGAAACAGUAGAAUCCUGAAAGCAUGUGCCAAAUUAUGUUAGCAUCAUGGAUUGACUUGUCGGGUGGGAUGUAGUGUGUUAAAAUAUCAGUUAUUCCAGUGCCAAUUUCUCAACGGCUCUGUAAACUACAAUGAACAAACUUUCACCUGUCGGAUAUCUUCUAGCCAGACUGCUGAGUGACUGUGAUAUCAAUCUUUUGUGUAUAUUUAUUUAUUUUUCUAUAUUCCUUUUAUUUCAACCACAUGUGAGGUUGUAUUGUGAAUGGUUGUCAAGAUAAAAUAAACUGAAUACAGGUUCUUUC